UCUCUGCAAGCUAGUUAGCUAGCAGCAUGUACUCAAUGCUCUCAAAGUUCAGAUCUUACUACCGGACACUUAGUCUUGGACAAGCAGUGGAAGCAUAAGGACGUUCCUUCUGCCACGCAAAAGGAGUACCGUCAUGGGACUCGACAUGUUCGGGAACUGUUACGGUUCUAGGAAGAGGGUUACAACCGUCGGUCUGGACUUCUUGUUUCUUCUGUCCUUGGUGAUGGGACUGCUCGGUAGUGGGAACGCCGAGAUGCCCCAAGUCCCAGAUUGCGAAAUCAUCAACCCCACCAACCUCCCCGAACGGAAAGUAACCAUCACCUUCGACAAAAGCCUGUUCCUCACAAUCCUCGCUAACCAGAGGGACUCUUGGAAUGUGUCCACCACGCUCUCAGACACCAAAGGCCUCGAAUGCAGCUUCGGCUUCGGACGCCGAGGGGGAAAGAGGAACGAGUAUUUCGUGUGUUCGGAGGAACACGCCUACAACGCGACAGCGAACGAGCGUCGCCAUGAAUACGUAACUGCCAUGACGCACGUCGCCGUGGACGUCGAACCGAAGGAGACGUGCGCGUUCCACUUCCAGGACAAAAGCACGAGUUGCCACGGCAGUUUCAGGAUCACCUUCCCCCAGUUGCUCAGUAUGGAUGGAUACGCGACCAUGUGGUGGAUGAACCUGCUGAAACCGCCGCUGACGAUGAGGGUGGACCAGGUCUCCGGUGCGAGUCUGGCUUUCAACUGCAAAAACCCAGAUUGCCUCCAGACUUCAGGUGAACUCGAAGACAUGAAGAGCCAACGCAAUACGUUUUUUAUGAAGCCUGCGACUUCAUUUCGAGGUCUGACCAUAUCCUCUGGCCAGAUUACUAUGUCUGUCACCAGGGACAAUCUCAGCGUCUAUGAAGACUCGUGGUUUAACAUAACUUUGGCCAAGGAAAGAGAAUUUUCUAAGGUAUUAGUCAACGGAGCCGAGUCCUAUAGGGAACAAGGUGACGCCAAGACGCUUCUGAUUAAAUCUGUGCAGGCGAAUGGGUCUGCUCUCCUGAGCUGGUGCGAUCCCCGCGAAGAAGAGAGAGUUUCAGGACUUGAGAGUCAAACGUUGCUUAUGUACCGGAUCUCCACAGCCCUGUUGCUAUUCAUCAUCACAGUCCUGUUUGUUAUCGCAUGCUGUCUCGCAAAGGAACAUCGGCAGUCCCAAAAUAAUUCGGGCGUCCUCCAGUAUCGACUCUACAAGACCCAGCAGGAGAAGGAGGAGGAGAAGGUGGAGUUAGUCUUAACCAGCCCAGGUGUUCAGGACAAGACGCACUGGGGAGGUUGGCUCUCCCGAAAGACUUGUAUGCGGAUGAGGUCAUCUACUGCGAAUUGGAACCGGUAACGAAGCUGGGGGCAAAACCUGAGGGGCCUCCUCGCUCGGAGAGGAGAACCAAUUACGCCGAAAUACAACCAGGACCAGGAACGGACGUGACAUCAGACGCUGGAGCGCUGGUAAUGGACUCUGAAGGGAUCUAUUUGGAUAUGAGUCUAUGUAAGGAGAAGGAAUUGUCAUAGGCCUACUGAUGAAUAUUUUUUUAAAGGAAUUGUCAUAAACCUACUGAUGAAUAGUUUUUUAAAGGAAUUGUCAUAGGCCUACUGAUGAGUUUUUUUGAAGGAAUGGUCAUAGACCUACUGAUGAAGAUUUUUUAAAAAGGAAUUGUCAUAGUCCUACUGAUGAGGGUGUUUUGUUUUGUUUGUUUGAUGGGAGGAGAACAUGGGGAUGUGGAUGAAGUGUCAUAGGCCUAUGAAACAACUGCCAAGCGAGGGUUAAGAAAAGUAAGAUGGAAAAGAGAAUACAAACGGAGGUGCUGUGAAAAGAAUAAGAAGGGUCGCAAUUACGGGCACAGAAAGAGAGAGAGAGAGAGAGAGAGAGAGAGAGAGAGAGAGAGAGAGAGAGAGAGAUUCCAGAAUUCUCACCUGGAAUCAGCAGCGCCUGGCGUCUAAAAACAGACGUCAUUAUCUUUCCAAUUAGCAGCAGGGGAGUUAAUGAGCUUAUUUGCCCCAAUUCAAGUUCGAGAAAAAGAGCAGCGAGCAGCGGCAGUAGCAGUGGCAGUUCCCUGCGCUCAGUUUUGGCUCAGAAAUGUGAAGGAAUUUGGAAAUCAUGGCAGAAAGACGGUUUACUUUCGUAGGCAUUCGGGCGAUUUCUCUCUCUCUCUCUCUCUCUCUGUCUCUCUGAUUCAAGUUCAAAUGUCAAUACCUGAACGUCUGAAGUUCCAACAAUAUUCCCGCCAGGAUUUUUCACUCCAAUAUUCCCUCUAAUAAUAUUCACUUCAAAAAUAAUCCCUCGAACAAUAUUCCUUCCUACAAACUCACCCUCGAACAAUAUUCCCUUCAGCAACAUCCCUUCCAGCAAUAUUCCCUCCAACAAUAUUCCCUCCAACCACAACAUCAAAAUGGCCGUGACUUCUGUUUCUUCACUUGGCAAUACAAUUUCGGUAACAAUUAAGAUAACUAAGCUCAUUAGCUCCCGGGUGUUAAUUGGGAGAGAUAAUGAGAGGUCAUUUUUCAAACAUGGCUGCUGCUUCGUUCAAGUGAAAUUGCCCACUUCUGUCACUCGCCUUUCAACCCUCUCUUUCUGUGUCUCAGGGGAAACUGGAGGAG